AUGCAAACCCCAAUCCGUUGUGCUGAGCAGUCGUACGUUCCACUCGGCCAGCGCCGAGGCAAACCCGAUCUGGCGUGCUUCGCUCUAGACCUGACUCGGGCCAGAGCAGAGACGGAUUGUGCUCCGGGCAGCACAAGGGCCUAUCCCUCUCCGCCCAUGUCAGGGUCUCCUCCGCCACCGCCCAAGCCAAACCAAGAGGUCGGUGACCGAGGUCAGGGAGGCUACCAGGCCUCCAAUCGUGAUGUAUACCGCACAGGCUCGACACUUCCAGGGGGCGAGUACCGGGCAGCACCUCCACCGCCACUACCACAUCUACCACCACCUCCUCCGCCUGGUGUCCGGCCAUACACCUUAGAGACCCCGGAACGAAUGCCGUAUCAGUACCGUCGUCCGGAAGACACAAUGGGGCGGCCCAUGUCGUACCCACCACAGCCGGGCCACAUGGCUCACCAACCCAACUACCCACUGCCGCCAGUGGCUGGACCGACCCUCAUGCCAUCGCCCUAUCCGAUAUCGAAUAAUCCUCACGGUCCCGAGAACCCCGCCUUCGCUUCGCCCAAGUCGCAAAGAAAGACCAAGGGCCAUGUAGCGUCUGCUUGCGUGCCCUGCAAAAGAGCUCAUCUAAGAUGUGACGCCCAACGACCUUGCUCACGAUGCCUCAGCAAUGGCAAGGAAGAUGCUUGCGUUGAUGUUCAGCAUAAGAAGCGCGGGCGACCACGACUACGCGACGACAGAGAACCGCGAUUUGACGCCGGAAGGUUCGCCCAACCUGUUGAUCCGACAAUGCGGCGACCGCUUUCUCUAUACUCCCCUGCGAAUGUUGCUCCGGCGCCGUUCGAUGAUCCUUUACGGAGAAGCCAAUCGUAUCGAAUCUUGAAAUCGCAACCCAGCGACCCGACAGCACCGAGAUUCAUUGAACGUGGAUCAGCAGCGGACGCCAAUGUAUAUCCUCCGCCGCUAUCGAUAGCUCCACGGGCCCCGGAGCCGGUCGCGUUCUUGACGACAGAUCUUGAGGUGGCGAAGGCUUCGAGCACCUUUUUGGAAGCCAUUGGCAUAGAUGUGCAGUCGAUGAUGGGCCGGAGGUUGUCAGAUGUUAUUGCCGCCCCUGAACGUGAACGGGUGCAUGCGCUCCAGAGGGCACUGCAGGACGAGCAAGGCAGGAAGGAGCCGAAUUACCUACCGCCUAUCUUCGGCAAGCAGGAAGCAGAGAGAGUGAUCCAGGCGCUCCCUUUCAGUCCAGAGUCUUUGUCCAGGUACCAACUCGAUCGCCCGGACUUCUUCACAUUCGUCUCAGCAGAUGGGCAGCCGCGGCCCUAUCCCAUUCGCAUUGGCCUGGCCAAGGAGGAUUCGAUAUACUUCGUCGUCCUGUUGCUGUGCCCGCCCACACGGCCGUUCCCGCAUCCCUCUCCAUCACCACAUGCGAGGGACUUGACGUACUCAUUCCAGCCUCAAGGAUUUGCACAGCUCACUCCCGUUUCGGCAUCCUUCGACCAGGGAAGGUCUCGAUUCGGAGAAAUGUCUCGGGAGAGCAGCUAUACGCCUAGACAACCCCCAACACCAGGCCACUUCAUCUCGGGACCUAGCCCGGGCAUGAGUCCAAAUGUGUCAUCCUACUCCGCUUCGGCUACUGCGCGGCCGGAGCAGCGUGGAAGUAUAUCACACCAGAUACCGAGGAGCGAGCUCCUCCCUGCAAGGCAACCCCCACAGCCUGAAUAUCAAUUACCACCCAUCCGAAGCCAACCUCAGACGGGACCUCCAGUAGACACAACUUGGCCACGCGAUGAUCGGACAGGUCGUGUCGACAUUGGUGGGCUGAUUGAUAAGCCUGGGCCGUCGCGUCGAAACCAAUGA